AUGGACGCUCCUCUCCGGCGCACAGCGGGGCUCCUCGGCUCCCCCCCCCCGGCUUCUGGGAGCCAUCCGGCGGGCUCAGACAUGCUCUCCCCCGGCGGCACCGCCACCGCCACCACCAAACCUCUCGCUUUCUCCAUCGACCGGAUUAUGGCCCGGACCCCCGAACCCAGGUCGAUCCCGCUCCCCAGCUGGCUCCAGCCCGCUCCCGUGGGGAAACCCGACCACUGCCCGUCCUCGCUGCACUGCAUGAUCCCGCUGCUGCCUCUCGGGUACGAGCACCGGCUCAGCAUCACCGGGCUGGACGCGGGACACCUGGACGCCUCCUCUCUCGCUACUCCUGCAGACUUUUUGGGUUUUGGGUUGAACUAUAAGAGCCACCAGCAGCAGCAGCAGCAACAGCACGAGGACUCCGCUGUGAGCUCGAGCCCGGGUCAGUAUAAGCUGUUCAGACCCCGGGUCGUGAACCAGUCCGCGUUCCCCACCACCAUGGGUACCGUGUGUUACCUGAACUGCAGCGGGGACGGCGGGUCGUGCGCUCCUCCCGCGGGCCUGCACCUGCAUCCCAUGGCCUCCUACCUGCUGAGCGCGAGGCACAAGGCGCUCCUCGUGGAGAAGAGCAAGCCGUGCGUGCAGCAGCAGAGUGGGGAUCGGUUUCCGGUCGGUGGGGCCUUUAAGGAGCUGACUCAGAGCCAGAUCCAGAUCCAGCACUACAUGAAGGAGCGGGACCAGAUCCUCUCUGACAAGAUCUUUAAGGGAUCCACUGUGGCCCGGCUCAGCGGCGCGUGCCCCGGCAGCAAACCCAAAGUGUUCACGUGCGAGGUCUGCGGGAAGGUGUUUAACGCGCACUACAACCUGACGCGCCACAUGCCCGUGCACACAGGCGCGCGGCCGUUCGUGUGUAAAGUUUGCGGGAAAGGUUUCAGACAGGCGAGCACGCUCUGCAGACACAAGAUCAUCCACACUCAGGAAAAACCUCACAAGUGUAACCAGUGCGGGAAAGCGUUCAACCGCAGCUCCACGCUGAACACGCACACACGCAUCCACGCAGGGUACAAACCCUUCGUCUGCGAGUUCUGUGGGAAAGGAUUUCAUCAGAAAGGUAACUAUAAGAACCACAAGCUGACUCACAGCGGCGAGAAGCAGUUCAAGUGUUCGAUCUGCAGCAAAGCGUUCCACCAGGUUUAUAAUCUGACGUUCCACAUGCACACGCACAACGACAAGAAGCCCUUCACCUGCCCCACCUGUGGGAAGGGCUUCUGCAGGAACUUUGACCUGAAGAAGCACAUCAGGAAGCUGCACGACAUGAACGCCACGCAGGCCCCCCCCUCGCCCCCGCAGCCUCAGCACCAAGCCUGA